UGUCCCCAUUGAGAUGGAGUCAGCACGAGAAAAAUAAUAAAACAACAGAAGAAGAAAUCAGUGUGGACUUAGCAGAAAUCCCCAAAUCGCAUCACGCCCUGCCUCUCUCUCUCUCUCUCUCUCUCUCUCUCUCCGUCGCUGACUGCAACCUCCACCCACACGGCACCCAUGGUGGAGGCGGGAGAAAUCGGCGGCGCCGCCGUCUUCGCCCUCGCCGCCGCCGCCGCCCUCUCCGCCGCCUCCUCCCUCGGCGCCGUCGACUUCCGCCGCCCCCUCGCUGCGGUUGGAGGCGGCGGGGCGUUCGAGUGGGAUGGGGUCGUCCCGUGGCUGAUCGGGGUGUUGGGCGGCGGGGACGAGGCGGCGGCGGGGGGCGUGUCGGUGGGGGUGGCGGCGUGGUACGAGGUGUGGGUGCGGGUGCGGGGCGGGGUGAUCGCGCCGACGCUGCAGGUGGCGGUGUGGGUGUGCAUGGUGAUGUCGGUGAUGCUGGUGGUGGAGGCGACGUUCAACAGCGCGGUCAGCCUCGGGGUCAAGGCCAUCGGGUGGCGGCCGGAGUGGAGGUUCAAGUGGGAGCCCCUCGCCGGCGCCGACGAGGAGAAGGGGAGAGGGGAAUAUCCCAUGGUCAUGGUCCAGAUACCCAUGUACAAUGAGCUGGAGGUGUACAAGCUGUCGAUUGGGGCGGCAUGUGAGCUCAAAUGGCCAAAGGACAAGCUAAUAGUCCAGGUGCUGGACGAUUCCACCGAUCCGUUCAUCAAGAAUUUGGUGGAGCUUGAAUGUGAGAGUUGGGCAAGCAAAGGAGUAAAUAUCAAGUACGUCACAAGAAGCAGCCGCAAGGGGUUUAAGGCAGGAGCCCUGAAGAAAGGAAUGGAAUGUGACUAUACCAAGCAGUGCGAAUAUAUUGCCAUAUUUGACGCUGAUUUCCAGCCUGAGCCAAAUUUCCUGCUCCGAACUGUCCCAUUCCUCAUGCACAACCCGAAUGUCGCCCUUGUUCAAGCUCGGUGGGCCUUCGUGAAUGACACCACAAGCCUGUUGACAAGGGUACAGAAGAUGUUUUUUGAUUACCACUUCAAGGUUGAGCAGGAAGCUGGAUCAGCAACCUUUGCCUUCUUCAGCUUUAAUGGAACCGCUGGAGUGUGGCGCACAACAGCCAUCAAUGAGGCAGGAGGUUGGAAGGACCGCACUACAGUUGAAGACAUGGACUUGGCAGUUCGAGCAUCCUUAAAUGGUUGGAAAUUUAUCUAUGUUGGGGAUAUCAGAGUCAAGAGCGAACUGCCGUCCACUUAUGGAGCCUACUGUCGACAGCAAUUUCGGUGGGCCUGCGGUGGUGCAAACUUAUUCCGAAAGAUAGCAAUGGAUGUUUUGGUAGCCAAGGAUAUAUCGCUCCUCAAGAAGUUCUAUAUGCUCUAUAGCUUCUUUUUGGUGCGGAGAGUUGUAGCCCCUAUGGUUGCCUGUGUUCUUUACAACAUCAUAGUCCCUUUGUCGGUCAUGAUCCCAGAGCUAUUCAUACCAAUCUGGGGUGUCGCCUACAUUCCUAUGGCACUUCUGAUUAUCACAACCAUAAGAAAUCCAAGAAAUCUACACAUAAUGCCGUUUUGGAUCUUAUUUGAGAGUGUGAUGACUGUGCUUCGCAUGAGAGCUGCACUAACUGGCCUUAUGGAAUUAUCUGGGUUUAACAAGUGGACUGUGACGAAGAAGAUAGGGAGUAGUGUUGAGGACACUCAGGUUCCUUUGCUUCCAAAAACCCGGAAAAGGUUAAGAGACAGAAUUAAUCUUCCCGAGAUUGGAUUUUCGGUGUUUCUCAUCUUCUGUGCGUCAUAUAACCUUAUCUUCCAUGGGAAAACUAGCUACUAUUUUAAUCUGUAUCUCCAAGGACUAGCAUUUUUGCUUCUAGGAUUUAACUUCACUGGCAAUUUCGCCUGCUGCCAAUGACGAGGACAACACCUUGACUGUACGAAAUGUUGUUUGCAAUUAUUUUCUGGGUAUAAAUUCUUCGGAUGACAUUUCAGAUCAUGAUCAUAGAUGCAUAUGGCGUUGAUCUGUGCACUAACACCUGUUUCAGUUGCUAGACUUCCAGGGAAACUUUCACAGAAUACUAGGAUGUGUUGUAAUCAAAUAUCAGUGAUGUGUUAUGUACUCUAGUUAACACGAAACACCAAUUUGUUGAUCUUUUUCUUGGAUUACUUCCUUGAGCGCAUGAA